AUGGAUCUUGAUGAAUUAUUGUUGCUCACUGCCGAUGAGCCAACAACAUAUCACGAGGCGACAACUGAGGAGGCGUGGAAUAAGGCCAUGCAGAAAGAGCUCGAGUCCAUUGAGAAGAACAAAACGUGGGAGCUCAUCGACUUGCCACUCGGUCACAUGCUCAUCGGCUUAAAAUGGAUGUUCAAGUUGAAAAGAGACAGCGAAGGCAACAUCCUCAUGCACAAAGCAAGAUUGAUGGAGAAAGGUUAUGUGCAGAAGCAAGGAGUUGACUUCGAGGAAUCCUUCACAUCGGUGGCGAAACUUGAUACCUUCAGGUUAAUUCUUUCCCUCACAGCUCAUCAUGGGUGGGAGAUCCACCACUUGGACGUCAAGUCGGUUGCACAAAUUUCUCGAUCCAUCAUGCAGAAAAAUUCUUGUGAGCAGAGACAGUGUUUAAAGAGGAGAAGAAGUGGGAAUGGUGCAACGAUGAUGACGAGCUCGUACAAAAUUCUAUGGAGUUCGGAAUUUUACAAGAUGACGGAGAAGUAG